AUGACACCGUAUCCAGCGCAGCCCAUCAAAGGACGAGAGCGGUACCGUGUCAUGAUGGAUAUCCGCAAACUCGAUAAACAGAACUGGCUCACCCUGGACAAGAACUACAUGGAUGAGCACAGAGCCCGCAAUCAGUUGCUGCACGAGAAAAGAUCCGAGGUUUUGCGCUGUCUACCAGAGUCUGUGGAUGCAUGCCAGGAGGCACUGGAGGAAGUGUCAGACUUUCUCUGCGAACGAUUUCCAAAUAACUUUGAGAUGAACAUCCAAAACAACCAAAAGAUUGUCGAUAAUCGCAUGACCGGUGAGACAUUCACAGUCAGUGGACGCGACCCCAAGGAGGGUUUGACCGAUGCCUUGGAGGCCGCCGUUCGUCUCACAAUGGAGGACCUCAGUGUUCUGAUGCUGAAUGAUGAGGGUGAAUAUUACCUAGCAGGAAGCGCCAGUCUGUUCCCUACAGGUUGGACAGUGCAACAGAGAAUUGGCUGGACCAUCUCUCAACUGCAUGGUCCUGUACCGCUAUGGCACCAGCACGUUGCCAACUCGGUCGAUAAGUUCCUCGCCCGUCUAACUCCAAACUCGCCAAUGGAACGCUCAAAUUAUUUCAUCGAAGUGAAACGACCCGACGAAGACUUGACCGAGAUUCUGUAUCGACCAAAAUCACUUUGCGAAAAGGAGUUGGUCAACCCUCUCCCCUCGGAAAUCCUCGUUCGUCGAGAAAGGCAAACAUUCCGUCGGUUGCCACGAACUGGGGCUAUCGUCUUUGGUGUCAAGACCUAUCUCACGCCUCUAGAUGAGCUUCCAAUGCAGGAGCUGAAUAACCUUGCAACGGAAAUGAGGAGUUGGCCUGAAUAUGUUGGAGAGUAUAAGGGGAAACAUCUUUGGGGAUCCAAAGUCCUGGAAUAUUAUCAGAAGCAAGUGGAGGAGGGUAAGAUUGAGCCCGAGAAGAGUGAGGACUGA